CCUGGACCAUUCCUUGCUGUGCUGGAGCUGUCUGGGGGAGGAGGGGGGGUGGGGGGGCUGUUUGAGCAUCGAUCCUCCCUGUUAGCAUCCCAAAGCUACGUCUCCCUAGUGCUGCAGUACCUCACGGACUUCUCCACAACAGUUGCCAUAGGAUGCAAGUACUUUGAGGUAUGUACAUUUUAUUGUGGAAAAAGAUGCAAAAGGCCUGAAGUGUGUGUGCUCUCAAGUUUGUUGUGUACCUGGGUGAGAAAUGUACACUGUCUCCCCUACUGCAGACAGCCUUCAGUAUGCUGAGAGACCACCCCCAGGUGGCCAGUGAUAGAGUGGCUGUGUUUGGCUUCUCACUGGGAAGUUCUGUAUCCUUAUCCCUGGCCGUUUAUUCUGAUGUCAUUAUUCCACACCUUCCUCUUUGAAUUUGACUUGUUUGAUUGAUAACCAGUUAAUUAGUGAAUGCAAAUACUGUAAACAAUUACUUUUAAGUUGCUGUGUAGACACAACUCUCUCAUAUUUUCCAACUUUUUCAGCCCAGAUGUAUGGUGUGUAUUAGUGGCAGCCAUGUUUUCCCUUUCAAAAGAUCCCUUGUGUAAAUAGCUGACAAGUACAACAAGUGAGUGUGUUUUAACCUAUUAUGAAGCAAUGGUAAAUGACCUCAUUUGGAAUGCACUGAAAUUAUAGUUACAUUUUGCUCAAAUCUCUAGAAAUAUGCACAAGAUGCACUUUGAUGAGGAACAACCAUUUGAUCUGGAGAGAAAUGAUCCAGCCCAUCACUGAGAGUGACCCUAAAGUAGAGGUGAUGGCAUCUUUCACACAUAAUUCUGACUGCAUUGUAUGUACACUAUACUGUAUGCAUUUGUACAAUGAGGAACUGACAUGUGUUUGGACCUCUUUUUGACCCCAUAGGUCAGGAGGUUAAAACCUCUUAAGGAUCGGACCCUUUUUUUCAAUUUUCGCCUAAAAUGACAUACCCAAAUCUAACUGCCUGUAUCUCAGGACCUGAAGCAAGGAUAUGCAUAUUCUUGAGACCAUUUGAAAGGAAACACUUUCAAGUUUGCGGAAAUGUGAAAUGAAUGUAGGAGAAUAUAACACAUUAGAUCUGGUAAAAGAUAAUACAAACAAAAAAAAUGUGUUUUCUAUACAUCUUUUGUUCCAUCAUCUUUGAAAUACAAGAGAAAGGCCACAAUAUUAAAUUUCAGUUUAGGCGCAAUUUAGAUUUUGGCCACUAGAUGGCAGCAACGUUUCAGAUUGAUCCAGUGAAGCAUUGCAAUACUGGACUAUUUUGUGUAAAGUCUGCCAAAUGUGCCGAAUUGGUCAAUUUAUACAUUAUCAAGUACAUAACUAUAGAGAACAUACAAAAAUGAUAUGGUAAUACAAAAUGUAAGUUUACACACUCCCAGGAAUGUCAUACAUGAUUGAUCAUUAGCUUAUACACUAACUUUCACAUAUCUAGAUGGCCGGGCGGGGUGGGUGUGGAGCCAGAGACAGCAAGGGUUCAAACUGUAGAACCCAGUUCCUACAUUUGAAUAUAAAAAUGGAUUUUAUCAAACAAAACUAUGCUAUAUUUUAUCUCUGGGACCCUCAGGAUGACAAAUCAGAGCAAGAUUACUGAAUGUAAGUGUUAACAUAAAAUGGCAGCUACUCUCAGUACGAAGCUAUUCUUCGCUGCAACCAAGCAGGGUUCCACUCACACACGCACAUAUUACACUCUGCAAACUUAACUCUAACUUACUCAAGAUGUUACUAAAACACACCUUAAACACUCUUGACAUGUUAGCAAGUUAUUACAUUUAAAUUAACUCUGUUUUAUCAAUACCGUACCUGAAAAAGGGGAGAAAUAAUCACGAGAGUGAUGCAGUUAUGUUUCCUCACUGAAAACUUGAGUAUAAUGAUGAAGACCGCAAUUUCCCCGGGAACUUGGGUGGAGACCAGAGCAAUCGAUCUCAGGCUCAUAGAUUAAGAGCAUUUAGUAGAUCACAGAUUAACACUUUUACCCUUAAAUUAGGCACCACAAAAUAAAGUAGUCAAUAUAACGUUUACACAUUCCUCUUACGCUUGACGGAUUUUAAACUUUUAACACAGUUAUGAAUUUUAUCAAUCUCAAUGAACUAGUACUGAAUGCAUGAUCUUUUUAACCUUAGAUAUUUUAAGAUCCUCACAUACUAUGAACUUACUAAUACUUUUUAGUGUAUAACAGGCUAUGAAUAUUUCCUUUAACCUGUCACAUAAGUACAUUAUUUACCUUCAGAGGUGAAUGUAUCAAACCAGUUGCCAUGAUAAGUAUUUUGUUGUUGUGCACUCUCCUCAAACAAUAGCAUGGUAUUUUUUCACUGUAAUAGCUACUGUAAAUUGGACAGUGCAGUUAGAUUAACAAGAAUUUAAACUUUCUGCCCAUAUAACACAUGUCUAUGUCCUGGAAAGUUUGCUGUUAUUUACAACAGUCAUGUUAAUCACAUUAGCGCAUGUUAGCUCAACCGUCCCGUAUAUGGGACACCAAUCCCGUCGAGGUUAAAGUGUCCAUUACUGAUGGUCGUUGGAGAAGCUGACCAGAACUGUGCCACUGAAGAAUCUGUCCAGGAUAUACUGCACAUUUUAGUCAUUUAGCAGAUGCUCUUGUCCAGAGCAACAAACAGGAGCAAUUAGGGUUAAGUGCCUUGCUCAAGACAGAUUUUUCACCUAGUCAGCUCAGGGAUUUGAACCAGCAACCUUUCAGUUAAUGGCCCAACACUCUUAACCACUAGGCUACCUGUCACUACCUGAUAAUGCAUACAUACACAUACAUUGAUUACAGUAUAAGUUGGCACACUAAAAGGGCUAUCCCAGAUAUCACCUGACCUCUGACCUCUAUGCACAGAUGUGCAGUAUGAUGGAGAGGACAGGGAACGGUCACCUGCUGACAACUGUGUCCUACCCUGGGGCUUGUCACCUGAUCAAACCUUCCUACACUCCUCACUUCCACUCCAGCACCUUCCUUAGGCUUUACACCAAGAACAGGGUCAAAGGUGAGGGAAUUUACAGAGCAUCUCUCAUCUGCUCUUAUUUACUGUAAGGCUAGAUCAAGGACCCAGUCGAUAGUAUCACUAGAAAUUACACAUUACAUUAUAAGUCUCUGAAAGUGAUUGUUUUCAUUCUUAUUUUUACCCUACUGUAAAUCUGUAAUGUGUUGUUGCAGUGAUCAUGUUGUGGGAAGGGCAGUACAAAUGGAGGAGGAUCCUGGACUUCCUUUAG